AUGGCUAUACGUGAGACACAGACGACAAACAUCUCCCACUUCGUCAAGGUACAACCACAGACAUAUACACACACUCGAGUACCAGGCAUCAUGAAGAACACACACACCACCCUACCCGUCUGGUUUCCAGAAAGAGAACCACGAGUCUGCACCAUCUUCUGGCUGUUGAACAGCUGCGGCUGCGUCCGCAACAGCGACCACGACAUCGCCCUCCACACCUCGCCAUGCAAGCAGCGAAUCACCGGCCGGCCGUGGAAGAAGUGCCAAGAGCCCCAGAAGAAACUCUGGGCCUGGGAAGACCAGCCCUGUACCGACUGCGCAGCCAUCCCCCUGAGAAUCAUCAUCGAGCCCGAAACCCCGCGGCCACGGAGCCCGGACCCGGGCCCAGAGAGCUGGGUCAUGCUGCAAGGAGACAGCGAAUCCCCAGUCGCGCAAGGCACCGAGACGCUGUGGACCGAGAUCCCGAACGGCCAGUCGCCGAGCGGCUUCAGACGCAUGUGGAGCGAGUCGAACCGGCCGGGCGCGAGCCCUGCGCCGACGGCCGAACAUGUCAAGCUGCUCAUCAAAAUCCAGCGAGGGAAGCGCGCCGAGGCGGCACGCAGACGCUCGGCGGUCAUUGAGGCUGCGUUCGAGAGCUACGCUGCUCGGGAACGUGCUCGAGACCCGGCACUGGUCAUCAUGCCUCCACGGGUGUUCAAAGACCGUGACGAGAUGCCGUUGAAUGUGGCGGCUGGCCUUCCCGCAAAUGCGAGAUGGUAG